CGGAAAGGGCGGGAGGGCCAGAGAGCGGACGGAGGGGUGCAAGGGGGGUGGUGCGGCGAAGCCGAGGAGGGGACUCGGUCGGGGGCCAGAGGACGACCGGAACAGCGGCCUGGGACCCACGCUGCCCCCACCCCUCCCGAGCAGGCGCCCCCAUGGCCCGACCCCGCUGACUCCUGCACUCGGCCAUGCUCCCGCGGCCCCUGCGGCUGCUUUUGGACACGAGCCCCCCCGGGGGAGUCGUGCUGAGCAGCUUCCGGAGCCGAGACCCCGAAGCGGGUGGGGACCCAGGUGGCCGGGUCGUGGGCGGGGGGCAGGCGCAAGAGGAGGAGGAGGAAGAAGAAGAGGCCCCCGUGUCUGUGUGGGAAGAGGAGGAGGAUGGCGCCACGUUUACCGUCACAAGCCGCCAGUACCGGCCUCUUGACCCCUCGGCUCCCCUGCCUCCCCCGCGUUCUUCCCGACGGCUCCGAGCUGGCACCCUGGUGGCCUUGGUCAGACACCUGCUGGACCCUCAGACGUCAGGGGCUGAUGUGACCUUCGUGUCCGCCCUCCUGGCCACCCACCGGGCCUUCACCUCCACGCCUGCCCUGCUAGGGCUCGUGGCUGACAGACUGGAAGCACUUGAGUCUCAUCCUGCUGAUGAACUAGAGCGGACAACAGGGGUAGCCAUCUCUGUCCUGUCCACCUGGCUGGCCUCUCACCCUGAGGAUUUUGGCUCUGAGGUCAAGGGUCAGCUUGACCGCCUUGAGAGCUUCUUGCUCCGGACAGGGUAUGCAGCAGGGGAGGGUGUUGGGGGGGGCACCGCUGACCUCAUCCGAAACCUCCGGUCUCGGGUGGACCCCCAGGCCCCCGACCUUCCUAAGCCCCUGGCCCUCCCCGGCGAUCCCCCUGCUGACCCCACGGAUGUCCUGGUGUUCCUCGCUGACCACUUGGCCGAACAGCUGACCCUGCUAGAUGCGGAGCUGUUCCUCAAUCUGGUCCCCUCUCAGUGCUUGGGGGGCCUGUGGGGCCACAGAGACCGGCCGGGACACUCCCAUCUCUGCCCAUCUGUCAGAGCUACUGUCACACAGUUCAACAAGGUGGCAGGGGCAGUGGUCAGCUCUGUCCUGGGGGCCACCUCAACCGGAGAGGGGCCUGGGGAGGUGACCAUACGGCCACUGCGACCCCCGCAGAGGGCCCGGCUCCUGGAGAAGUGGAUUCGCGUGGCAGAGGAGUGCCGACUGCUGCGGAACUUCUCGUCCGUGUAUGCCGUGGUGUCGGCCCUGCAGUCCAGCCCCAUCCACCGGCUCCGGGCAGCCUGGGGGGAAGCAGCCAGGGACAGCCUCAGAGUCUUUUCCAACCUCUGCCAGAUUUUCUCCGAGGAAGAUAAUUAUUCCCAGAGCAGGGAGCUCCUGGCACAGCAGGAGGGGAAGCUGCAGGCCCCUCUGGAGCCACACUCCAAGAAGCCCCCGAGGUCUGGCUCCCGGGGUGGGGGUGUGGUCCCAUACCUUGGCACCUUCCUUAAGGACCUGGUGAUGCUGGAUGCAGCCUCCAAGGAUGAGCUGGAGAAUGGAUACAUCAAUUUUGACAAGCGGAGGAAGGAGUUCGCUGUCCUGUCUGAGUUGCGGCGGCUCCAGAACGAGUGUCGCGGCUAUGACCUCCGACCCGACCCUGACAUCCAGCAGUGGCUACAGGGGCUCCGGCCACUGACGGAGGCCCAGAGUCACCGCGUGUCCUGCGAGGUGGAGCCGCCGGGUACCAGUGACUCUCCUGCCCCCAGAGUGCUGCGGCCAACGCUGGUCAUCUCACAGUGGACAGAGGUUCUGGGCUCUGUCGGGGGCCCCACCCCCAUGGUGUCCUGGGACCGGCCCAGUGUUGGGGGAGAGGAGGCGCCUGGAACCCCUGCUCCUCUGCUGACCCGCUUGGCCCAGCACAUGAAGUGGCCAUCCGUCUCCUCUCUGGACUCUGCCCUGGAAAGCAGCGUGUCCCUGCACAGCCCCGCUGACCCCACUCACCUCUCUCCCCCAGCCUCCUCCCCCAGGCCCUCUCGAGGUCACCGGCGCUCCGCCUCCUGUGGCUCCCCACUGAGUGGGGGUGCAGAAGGGGCCUCCAGGGGGCCUGGAUGUGGGGGAGGGGCAUCUGGGCCAGGGGCCUCUGACUGCCGAAUCAUCCGAGUCCAGAUGGAGCUGGGGGAAGAUGGCAGUGUCUACAAGAGCAUCCUGGUGACAAGCCAGGACAAGGCUCCAAGUGUCAUCAGUCGUGUCCUUAAGAAAAACAAUCGUGAUCACGCGGUGGCUUCCGAGUACGAGCUGGUCCAGCUGCUACCAGGGGAGCGAGAGCUGACCAUCCCGCCCUCGGCUAACGUCUUCUACGCUAUGGAUGGCGCAUCGCACGACUUCCUGCUGCGCCAGCGGCGGAGGCCUUCUGCUGCUACCCCGGGCUCCACCAGCGGCCCCUCGGCCUCAGGAACUCCCCCAAGUGAGGGAGGAGGUGGCUCCUUUCCCAGGAUCAAAGCCACAGGGAGGAAGAUUGCACGGGCCCUGUUCUGAAGAGGAAGCCCCGUUGGCUCGAAGAAGUCAUGGUGUUCAUGGCAGACGUGGGAGGCGCCCUGGGUGGGGCCGAUGGGUCACACCGGGACAGAACUUCCUAACGGCGGCCAGCCACCCUGGGGCGGUGAAGUGCCACCGGCUUACCAGACUGAGAGAUCCAGUCCUGUGGGAGCUGACAACCUUGCAACCAAGUUGGAUACCUGUACACAGCUCCCUACCUCUCGUCAAUGUGCCACGUAACUAGUCGUGGAGAAAGGCACUGGUUUCUGAUUCCUGGCCACAUCCUAGCAGCAGCGGGCCAAGGAAAAGCCUGGAGGCCUAGAAACGCAGGAUAGAGAUGGGGCAGGGAAGGGCAAGGCCGAGGCUCUGAGCCCCAGGGCACACGGGGACGGCUGGUGGGUUCUAGUGGGAGCGUCAUUUCCCACGCUGGGGGUUCCUGUCACUGUGACAACACUAAUAAACCAAAACACUACCUGGA